UUGGUCGAAACAUCAGACCCUGGAUUCCUGCACAGUGCUCGGGCUAUAUUCUGUUGUGCGUGCAGCCCACAUGUGUGGAGUUAAACUUCCUCGUCCUGCAGAAGAAGAAGGAGGAUAGAGGGCGUGACGUCGCUGCCCGCAGAGAGGCCCGCACGGUGCAGGAGACCGGGGCAGAGAGGCAGGAAACACCGCAGAGUACACACCGAGCACCGAACAACCGGCAACUUUGCAGAGGAGACACACAGCCAUAAUGCGGCACCGCCCGCCGACCCGCCAGCUGAUGUGACCGUGCAGACGCAGGGAGGAAGCGGCGGACACCACCACCUCUCCCCGGUUGCCUCGCAUUGUCGCGGUUGUCUGGAGAGAGGAGGAGGGAGGGGGGGACAUGUCCUCGCUAACCGUGGAGGAUGACCAGAAAUGGUUACCGACACACGUCCAGGUGACGGUGCUGAGAGGCAGGGGCUUACGGGGCAAGGGCAAGCAUGGCACCAGCGAUGUGUACACCAUCAUCCAGCUGGUGAAGGAGAAAUAUUCGACCGGGUGGUGGAGGAAGACCACGGAGCCCGAGUGGAGGGAGGAGUGCUCGUUUGAGCUGCAGCCCAGCGUGCUGCAGGGCGGCGGGCGGAACGGAGGCUGUCCGGCCGGUGCAACCGAGCUGGUACUCAUCGUGAUGCACCGGGCAAUAUGGGGUAUGGACGUGUUCCUGGGACAGUGGUACAAGUUAAACUCUAAGUCGGGGAAGAAGGAGAAGGAGCGAGGAGAAAUCCAAGCCACCGUGCAGUUCACCAGAAACAACCUGACGGCCAGCAUGUACGACCUGGUCAUGACGGACAAGAGCGCCUCCACCUUCGGAAAGCUGAAGGAGCGCAUCAAGGGGAAGAGGAGAUCCAGCGAGGAAGACUCUUCCUCAGCUGUGCUGCCGAGUGGAUACGGCUCCCUGCACCGGAUGAGGCAGCGACUCCCGAGCGACGGAGGCGGGGAGGAAGACUACGAGGACGACGAGGGAGGGGAGGCCCGGCGCAGCAAGAUGAGGACUUUCUUCCUGAGGGGGAAGCUGAGGAAGUCCUCGGACACUCGCUCCAGCACGUCGCUGGGCUCAGAGAGCAGCGAGUCGUCCCGGGGGGGCAGUCUGAGCCCCACCGCCGGCAUCAGCAUGGUGGUGUCCGACCUCUCCAACUCCCCUAGCAACAGCAGCAACCUGUCCCCUGACAACAGCCCAGAGCACACGGCAAACUCUCUCCAGUGUGAGUUUGGAGACGAUGCCGGGGAGAUCUCCAUCAUCGUGCCUCCUCUUCCGACCGCGUGGGUCAACGGAGGCGACGCUUACAGUGACCUGCCCCUGGACAAAGGCUCAGUAAACCCUGUGGAUUCUCUAGGCCUGCCGCCGCUGCAGAAGUCUUUGCCUCUCUCCGUGUCUUUGCAGAACCUCAGGCCUGCCUCGGCCGCCCCAAAGAGCCCCAUGGGAGACGGGCGGCGCUGGUCCUUUGACAAGCCCGACGAGGAGGAGAAGGCAGCCAUAGCGGCGGCGUUGGAGAAAAGCGGCCCCAUGCUGGGUGACGAGGAGGAGGAGGAGGAAGAGGAGGGAUUGGGAUAUGCUGCUCAAAUCAAAUCCUCAUCCUCCACAGUGGAGUCUGAGAAAAAGCAGAGGAACUUUUUCUCCCACGGGAGGGGGGAGUCUGCGGGGAAAGGGCAGAGUCGGGGCAAGGAUGAGUCUGAACAGGCCCCCGCCGCCGAGGAGAAACACAAGGGAUGGUUUGGAUCAAAGGACUCGAACAGCAAACCCAGCCUGGUGGUGUCCCCUAAACUAGAGCCCAGCACUGACCCCCACCCCCCUCCACUCCCACCCAGUCACCCCCCGGGUCCCCCUGUCGAUCCCCUGGUUUCCCUGCAUCACACUAACCCCUUCUCACAGAGCACCUCACCUCCCAUGUCCCCCUGCAACCCUUUCUUAUCUUUCAUCCAGCAAAACCCUUUCUUUGACACCAUGCUUAACGCUGAGCCCCUAAAACCUUCGCUGCCUACUCUGCCUUAUCUCUCCAGCGCCCGGCCUCCCAUAGCUCAGCUCUUUCCGCAGGCGAGUAACCCUUACCCCACCCUCAACGACGAAAACCCAACCGCAGAGGACUCCAGCAUUGGCACAAAGAGCGACGCUAAGAAACGACCUCUUCCUCCACCUCCCACAUACGAAGAGAAACCUUUAAGCGUGAAGUCGUCCGAUCAUUUUAUGUCUGCCGGGGAGCUGGAACCUGAAUGGGACGAAUCCUUUGAAGCGUUCGCUGCUGGCAGGCUGCAGUCUCCCGAGGAUCUGACCGCAGACUGCAAAACACAGCAAAACACACCCAGUGAGCAUUCACUGGAACACUGCAACGAAAAAGCAGCAUUACAACCCAUAACGGAUCAAAACACUAACGUGAAUGAUGCACUACAUACUCAACCUUGCACAGAAUUUGUAUUUGAUACACAGAAAUCCAACGCAUAUCAUCUUGACACAUUUGCACAUUUCCUCGAGACAAUCCCAGAGCACACCAGCUUUGAGAAUGACAAUGACACUUUGAAUACUUCCACUAACUCGCCAACACCAGAUGCUUUCACUGACCCUCAUCAAACUAACGCUGCUACUAACACAAAUGACGUUACUGACACUAACGUGCAUCCCAGCCCCGGGCAUGCCUCGUCUGUGAAGCUCAGCAGCAGCUCCCCAGAUCCCACUUCUUCAGGCCUGGGCAGUUCUGCAGAAGAGGAUUUCCUCUCGUGUGUCUCUUCUUAUUCAGACAAAUUCUCUGCGUCAUCCUCAGAGGAAGCCGAGACACAGAACUUUGAAAGCAGCAUCCUCGGCUUUGAGAAAUCAUCCGAUUCAUCUGUUGUAAGGAAGCCCUCUGACUCAGAAGAUGACGUUACUGACAGGUCCAUUAAUCUGGAUUUAGGCAAUGUGUCUCAACAUGUUAUGAAGCAUGGGGAUGGUGAUGAAAAGACGGAUUCAGACGGCAUAUUAGCACCAAUGUCAACAGUGCUUACAAAUCAGCAGUCAGCAACAGAGAUAAGAAGUGAGUCACCAAUCUUUUCAUACUUUUCACCAGAACUACAGCCAAAAUCCUACAUUUCGUUACAGCCCGACAAUGACAAGGAGGAAGCCGAGAAACAGAACUUUGAAAGCAGUACCUUCGGCUCUUUUAAAGAAGAAGAAUCUGUUGCAAAGAAUCCCUCAGAAUCAGAAGUUGACAUUACUGACCAGUCCAUCUGUCUUCCUUUAGAUGAUGAAGCCCAGCACAAUGUUACUCAGCACAGCGAUGGUGGUGAAAAUGCAGAUUUAGACGGUAUAGAGGGCUCAUUGGUACCAACGUCCCCAAAGGUAACACAUCAGCAGCCUGCGGGAGAGACAGGAAGUAAGGGUGCAGAUACACAGUCACCAAACGUUUUGUACUUUUCACCAGAACUGCAGCCAAUAUCCAAAAUAUAUUUACAGCCUGACAAUGAAAAGGGAAAGGAAGGCAUCAACAAGAAGGAGGAAGCCGAGAAACUGAACUUUGAAAGAAGCAUCGUCGGUUUUUGUAAAGAAGAAGAAUCUGUUGUAGGGAAGCCGUCGGAAUCAGAAGUUCACAGAUCCAAUGAUCAGUCAUUAGCCCAGCACCAUGUUACUCAGCACAGAGAUGGUGGUGAAAAGGCAGAUUUACACGGUGUACAGGGCUCAUUGGGACCAAUGUCACCAGUGCUUACACAUCAGCAGCCUGCAGGAGAGACAGGAAGUGAGGAUGCAGCAGACUUGUUACCAGAACUACACACAAAAUCCAACAUAUUUGUACAGUCUGUCAAUGAGAAUGGAAAGAAAGGCAACAGCUCUGCAAAGGAUUUUGUGUCAGGUAUCUCUCCUUUUUCAGGCAAAUUCCCUGCAUCCUCCUUGGAGGAAGCCGAAGAACAGAACUUUGAGAGCAGCGUCCUCCGAUUUAGUAAAGAAGAAUCUGUUGUAAAGAAGCCGCCAAAAUCGGAAGAAGACGCUACUGACCGGUCCAAUGAUCUGUCUUUAGUGGAUUUAGCUAAGCACAAUGUUAUUCAGCACGGGGAAACUGAUGAAAAGGCUGAUUUAGACGGUAUAGGGGGCUCAUUGGCACCGCUGUCCCCAGUGAUAUCACAUCAGCAGCCUGCAGGAGAUACGGGGAGUGAGGAUGCUUCCAGCUUUUCAAACUUGUUAACAGAACGACACACAAAAUCCGACAUCUCUUUCCAGCCUGACAAUGAAAAAGGAAAAGACAUUGGUGAAAUGAACACAUCUGUAGAGGACUUUUCUAAAUUGUUAAAUGAUUCCUCGAUAUCUGAAAUAAACACAACGGAUGUGACGACUCCAGAUGAUGAACUGUACUCCACACAGCCAUCACUACACAUCAUAACCUCCUCCCCCGAUGUGAGGCACGGUUCACCUGACUCCCCCAUUGAGAGCACUGGUUUAGGAGGGCAGGAUGCAAGCCAGCGUUCAGUUGUACCAUUUGGGCUUUUUGACGACUUCCUCAACACCAGUCCCAGCCAAGACUUUCACGACACCAUGUUGCACACUUCUGCGUUUGAUCAAAGCACCAGCAGCUUCCUCCAAAGCCUUUAUGUGAGCACCAACUCGCAGGAUUACCAAACCUGUGUGUCUCAACCUUCCUCCAGCGGCUCAGAGCAAAACGAGACGCUGCACUCUGCAAACUCAACGCUGUGUGGCGAUCUGAUUGAGAUUCAGACAACCCCCGAGGCUGCUUUGGACCAAAAAGACUCCAGAAGCCAUCCAUUUCACGAGGAAUUCGAUAAUAUUGAAGGCUCUUUCUUUGGAGCCAAGGACACUACACCAACUCUUAAACCAAGCUUCACGAUAGAGGAUAACUUCGGUUUACUUUCUGCAGCAUCAACAGACCUUUACAAGAGCUAUAAUCCAUGGAAUCUCAAUGACGAAGCUGUGGAAUAUCAGCAUGUCGUCUUGGGUGACAUGUUCUCGAAAUCCCCUCAGGCACAAAGUAUUACACUACCCCGCUCACACUCUGAAGGCACACUGACACCUGCCUUUGAAGACCUCCUGCAGCCCUCCUAUGGGAGCGAUCCCGGUGCAAUACAGGCGCCCUCCUCGGCUCCUCCUCUGAGCCCUGACCUCCCCUCUCUGACCUCCUUUGCUCCCUCUCUAACUCCUUCAAGUAGUAGCUCCUUUUCCCUCCCUUUUCUUUACAACGCUACGGCGAGAUCACCACCCCAGCACGGCAAUGCUUGGAGAUGCACCGGCAGCAGCAGGGCAGCCAAUCAGCAGAACAGCCCCCACCCAGUGAAGCCCCUCACCACCACCACGUCAGCGGAGGAGAAGCGGACGGAGGGCCGCUCCGUGCUGGCCACCGGCCUCGAGAAGCUCAAGUCCUCCAUCAGCCCGGGGAGGAGCAGCCAGCUGAGCGAGCAGGAGACCAACAAGAAGAAGCCUGUGUCGGAGGGGGCGGGCUCGUACUUCCACCUGAACCACAGCGAGCUGGUCGCCCUGCUGGUGCAGCGGGAGGCCGAGCUGGAGCGCCAGGAGGACGAGUUUAAACGCCAGAAACGCCUGCUGGCGAAGCGCGAGGUGGAGCUGAAGAAGUUGAAGCCGCAGGUCAAAGAUCUGGAAGACUACAUAGACACGCUGCUGGUGCGCAUCAUGGAGCAGAAGCCCACUCUCCUGCAAGUGCGCUCCAAGCUAAAGUGACCAAACGUUUGCAGUUCACUCCACAACAGCUCUUUAGUCUUUUCACUGCUAUGCUGUCCUUUUUGAUACAAAUAUGUAGGCACUGAGAGACGUCCGGAGGGCGGCCAUGUUUCCUAGCCGGCAUGCUUUUCUGUGCUGAAACUCGUAGAAGGCUUUCGGUUUGGGCGGUUCUGAAUGUAGCGGGUCCUCAGGUUGUUUUCAGGUUCACAAAGCAAGGUCACAGAGGAGAGCCCGGAUGCUUCCACAUUGGAAUCCUGAUUGUAAAAACAAUGAUUCCUUCUUUUUUCACCUCACCUCACUUCUAUCACCUUACCACAAAAUGUUUGAAAGAAAUGUAGCGUGUCAGUCCAAAACAGCGUAUAUCUACAAACCUCACACAGCUUUUCAGCCUCUCACACAGCUGUGCUGCUGUGCUUUAGGACAGGAGAGCCACUCUGAUGGUUUACCAUGUUUCAGAUCAUUAACUACAAACUGCAUAUUCUUGAAAUCAAAGCUGGAUAUUUCUGUAACACACCAUCAGGUUUAGAUAGAUGUUAUACCUUCAAGGCAGCCACUGGGUUCCCUUCAUUUCAGUGUUGCAUGAAACUCAACCUGCAGGGAAAUUAAACUGAACAUUUUGACGUCUUUUUAAUGUCGUUAAAAAGAGGGACAUAGUUAAAAUAGUGAAAGACUCCAAGAUGUAAGAUUCGGAUUGAACCCUCAAACAAAGCUAAAAAAGCAAAAAUAAUCAGCAUUUUGAAAACUGGUUUGAACAGAACUGUUUCCCCCUGUUUCCAGUUUAAUGCUAAGCUAAGCUAAUCACAUCCUUGCUCAAGUUCCACACUUAGUGAAGGGAUUUAAAAUAGGUACAAAUAAUCUCUUCUAACUAUAGAGAGGUGAAGUCCCGCCCAUCUACUUCCGACCCAUGGGACCUUAUUUCGGAAAAAAUAUGUAUUGAAGUCA